CCGCCCACAGCCACCUGCGGCAGGUGCGGCGCCUGGCCAUGUCCGCCGAGAACGCAGGGCAGGUCUCGGGGUCCGGGAGGCCCCGCCCAGCAGCCACCUGCCUCAGGUGGAGCGCUCUGUGCCCGGCGCUCGGCCAUGUCCGCCGAGAACGCGGGGCCGGGGCCCGGACAGGGGUCGGAGCCAGGGCCGCUGUGCCUCGAGCAUGGCCAGGCGCUGAGCUGGUUUUGCUGCUCUGAGCGACUGCCAGUGUGUGCCGCCUGCGUGGGGCUGGGCGGCCGCUGCCGGGGACACCGCAUCCGCCGGGCCGAGGAGCGCGCGGAGGAGCUCCGGAACAAGAUUGUGGACCAGUGUGAGAAGCUGCAGUUGCAGAGUGCUGGAAUCAACAAGUAUGUUGCUGAGGUCCUUCCAGGAAAGAACCAGAAAGCAGUGAGCACAGCUAGUGCAGCGAGAGAGCAGGUCAUCCAAAGGUUGGGUCUUGUGAGGAGUCUAUGUGAGAGUGAGGAGCAGCGUCUGCUAGAAGUGGUGCAUGGUGAAGAAGAGCGGGCCCACCAGAGUAUCUUGACACAGCGAGUCCACUGGGCUGAAGCGCUUCAGAAGCUGGACACCAUUCGCACCAGCCUGGUGGGCAUGCUUACCCAUCUGGAUGACCUCCAACUGAUUCAGAAGGAGCAGGAGAUUUUUGAGAGGUCUGAAGAAGCAGAGGGCAUUUUGGAUCCCCAGGAGUCGGAAAAGUUAAACUUUAACGAGAAGUGCACUCGGAGCUCACUACUGACACAACUCUGGGCGACAGCGGUGCUUGGGUCUCUCUCAGGCACAGAGGAUGUACGGAUUGAUGAGAGGACUGUCAGCCCCUUCUUGCAAUUGUCAGAUGAUCAGAGGACCCUGACCUUCAAUGCCAAGAAGUCUAAGGCCUAUACAGAUGGCCCAGAGCGCUUUGAUCACUGGCCCAAUGCCCUGGCGGCUACCUCCUUCCAAGCUGGACUGCAUGCCUGGAAAGUAAAUGUCCAAAAUAGUUGCGCCUACAAGGUGGGUGUGGCCCUGGGCCAGCUGCCCCGAAAGGGUUCUGGCAAUGACUCUCGGCUGGGCCACAAUGCCUUUUCUUGGGUCUUCUCCCGCUAUGACCAGGAAUUCCGCUUUUCGCAUGAUGGUCAACAUGAGCCCCUGGUGCUGCUGCGUUGUCCAGACCAGCUGGGUGUACUACUGGACCUGCAGGCACAGGAGCUGCUGUUCUAUGAGCCAGCCUCUGGCACUGUGCUCUACACCCACCAUGGGUCCUUCCCUGGGCCCCUCUUCCCAGUCUUUGCUGUGGCCGACCAGACCAUUUCCAUUGUCAGCUGUUAGCCACAGGGAGGCCACAUCUACCUCCCACCACCCUUGCAGGCCAAGUUCUAUCCCAUAUUCUUUUCUCAACUGUUGCCUAUGCCCAGUGGGUAAUUUUAGGAGUGAAGAUCUGUCUCAGAUCUGUUAAAUACUGGUGUCUGGAGUGGGAAAACUGCUGUUUCCCAAAUCUAAUGUUUUAGCCCCUCCAAGGGUGUCUGGUUCACCAUUUUCUCUCUAACUUGGUGCCUGGUAUACAGUGAGUGUGCAAUAAAUAGCUGGCAAAUCGA